AUGGCACUGUGGAAGAUCUUGAGGCUUUGGAUGACUGCAUGUACUCUGCUCUUUGUCUUCCUCCUCCAGCUAUGUUACGCUCAGUACAAGAGGGGGAUUUCCAUCCCUGAGCAUGGCUUCUGCCAGCCCAUCUUCAUCCCUCUGUGCACCGAUAUCCCCUACAACCAGACCAUCAUGCCUAACCUGCUGGGACACACCAACCAGGAGGAGGCAGGGCUAGAGGUCCACCAGUUCUACCCACUGGUUAAAGUCCAGUGCUCCGUGGACCUCAAGUUCUUCUUGUGCUCCAUGUAUGCUCCGGUCUGCACAGUUCUAGAGCAGGCCAUCCCACCCUGCAGGUCUCUGUGCGAGCGGGCAAGGCAGGGCUGCGAGGCACUCAUGAAUAGAUUUGGCUUCCAGUGGCCAGAGAGGCUGCGCUGCGAGAACUUCCCAGUCCACGGGGCUGGGGAGAUCUGUGUGGGUCAGAACAUGACUGACGCAGACAGCCCUACCCCUGACCUUCCUGAGCUGGUGACCCUGCCAUCAAACAGUCAGACUAACUUGCUCUCCACCUGUCCUCUGCAGCUUCAAGUACCUGCCUACCUCAACUACCAAUUCCUAGGAGUGAAGGAUUGUGGUGCCCCAUGUGAGAGGACUAUGCCUGGUGGACUGAUGUACUUUAAUGAGGAGGAGCUGAUGUCUGGUCGUCUAUGGGUCUGUAUCUGGUCAGUUCUGUGUUGUUUAAGCACUUUAUUUACCAUGCUGACCUACCUAGUGGACAUGAAGAGGUUUCAGUACCCAGAGAGGCCAAUCAUCUUCCUAUCCGGGUGCUACUUCAUGGUUGCAGUGGUGUACGUUGCUGGCUUCCUCCUGGAGGACAGAGUGGUGUGUGUGGAAAAGUUCAGGGAGGAUGGUUUUAAGGUGGUGGCUCAGGGCACCAAGACGGAAGGCUGCACCAUCCUCUUCGUGAUCCUGUACUUCUUCAGCAUGGCCAGCUCCAUCUGGUGGGUGAUCCUGUCGCUCACCUGGUUCCUUUCAGCUGGGCUGAAGUGGGGUCAAGAGGCCAUUGAGGCCAACUCACAGUACUUCCACCUUGCAGCAUGGGCCGUGCCAGUGGUGAAAACCAUUAUUAUCCUGACAAUGGGGCAGGUGGAUGGCGACCUGUUGACAGGGGUCUGCUACGUGGGGAUUUACAACGUGGACUCUCUGAGGGGAUUUGUCCUGGCACCACUCCUUAUCUACCUCUUUGUUGGCACUUCCUUCCUGCUGGCGGGUUUUGUGUCACUCUUCCGUAUUCGCACCAUCAUGAAGCACAACCGCAACAAGACAGAGAAGCUGGAGAAGCUGAUGUUGCGGAUCGGCGUGUUCGGUGUGCUUUACACAGUACCAGCCACCAUCGUCAUUGUCUGCUGCUUCUAUGAACAAGCGUUCAGGCCGCAGUGGGAGAGGGCGUGGCUCCUGCAGACGUGUAAGAGCCUUUCUGUGCCGUGCCCUGAAGGAAAUUUUACCCUGCUGAGGCCAGACUUUACUGUGUUCAUGAUCAAGUACCUGAUGACCAUGAUUGUUGGGAUUACAUCUGGUUUCUGGAUCUGGUCAGGGAAGACGUUGCAGUCAUGGCGCCGGUUUUAUAACAGAUUUUACAACACCAGCCAGGGGGAAAGGAGAGUGUAG